CCGGGCCUUGGCCUCGGCCGUCUGAGCGGCGCGGGGCUUGUGAGGGGACGCAGCGCAGCGGCAGCAGGAACCGGAGAGCCCGCCGAGCCGGCCAUGGGCAAGUCAGCUUCCAAGCAGUUUAAUAAUGAGGUUCUGCAGGCCCACAACGAGUACCGGCAGCAACAUGGCGUCCCCCCACUGAAGCUCUGCAAGAAGCUCAACCGGGAAGCUCAGCAGUAUUCGAAGGCGCUGGCCAGCACCAGGAUCCUCAAGCACAGUCCGGAAUCCAGUCGCGGCCAGUGUGGAGAGAACCUGGCGUGGGCAUCCUACGAUCAGACAGGAAAGGAGGUGGCAGAGAGAUGGUACAAUGAAAUUAAGAGCUACAACUUCCAGCAGCCUGGCUUCACCUCCGGGACUGGACACUUCACAGCCAUGGUCUGGAAAAACACCAAGAAAAUGGGAGUGGGGAAGGCAUCUGCCAGCGACGGGUCCUCCUUCGUGGUGGCCAGAUACUUCCCAGCUGGGAAUGUCGUCAACCCAGGCUUCUUUGAAGAAAAUGUCCUGCCUCCAAAGAAGUAAAUUGUCAGAUGUGAUGGGAAGGUGGCAGACUUUAGAAUGUGGAUAUGAAGUGCCUCGAACAACAAAAACUCAACUGUGUGUCUGUCCCGUGGGUUUGGGUUUGCCUGUGGGGAGUCCUUGCACACACACUUGAAUCUACAGUUCCGCUCCAACUCAUUCCCACCAAAGGAAUGACUAUAUGAAGCAUUUACCUUAAUGGUUACCUAGACCUUUAUUAUUUGGACUUUGGGGUCAGGGGGUCAAUUUUCAAACUUUUUUGUUAUUUUUUAAGACAUUUCUUUUGUAACUUUCUAAUAAUACCCAUCCCUGGACUCCAAAUGUUUGUGAUUUGAAAAGUGAAGUUCAUUUUACAUGCUCUUCAUGCACGAGAUAGAUGUCAAGCCCUCAUUUAAGUGUGAUAAAACAUAUAGCUUUAAACACAUAAAUGUAAAGCAGCUUCCAUCAGAAAGGCCGGCCAGGCAGGGGCUCCAUUUCACAGAAUUACCAAAAGUUCCAGUUGUGUAAGACAUGAUGUCAUCCUUGUGCCUCCUGGAAUUCUGCACUGGGAUUGCCAGAAAACAGAAAACAGCUUUCCUUCCUUGCGUUUUUCUACCUUGAAGUGGCAAAGUGCCACACCACCACAUCACCACCCAUCACCCUCCCCUUUUUUUCCUCAAAAUCAUCUGGCAUUUGAGAGUUCCAUGUGCUCCCCACCCCCACCCUGGUUUCUGGAUUGCUGGCUAAGCCUGGAACUCACCCUCCCCCACCUCUGCAGGGUGGCCCGAGGACUGUUCUGGGAGAGCCCCUCAGGCCUGGGCCCUUAGCCAGCUGCCUGGGGUGGAUGAAGUCACUGAGCAUGGGGGUGAGUGUGAGCUCACUCGGGCCCCCAGAGGAAGCCCUCCAGCCUCUGCCCCUUCCCCUCACAGGCCUGAGCCCAGGCCUGUUCCUGGCAGCUGUGGCUGCAGCUGUGGUUCUUCUCCCUCCUGGAAUGUGUGACAGGCCCAAAUGUUCCAGGGAGAUAACCAUGCAGGGGCUUAGAGGUACUAAUUUGGUUCCAUUUUGCCUCAGAUUACUCAAAGUUCAUCUGAAUAACAAUUCCAUGCCUUCUGUGUGGAGCGGGCCAACCUGGUGCCAAGCAGAGUCUCCCCGGGUCCAGGGCAUCUCCCCUUGGGGACUGGCAGGGAGCAGCUCGUCCCAAAGUAGGCUUCCUGGAGGUCUCCACUGUCCCCGUCAUCUCACCCAGGGAUAUUGGCUAAGACUACAAUAAACCAGUUCUUUUGUGUAAUAUCUUCCUCCCAUGCCAUUCACACCUGAUUCUUAAUUGGUGACUAAGCUAACGCACAACUCUUGAGUGCCUGUCUCAGGUAGCUCAAGCUCCUGAAUCCCUCUAACCUCUCCCCUGUGGACUGUACUUAGGUGGCCAUGUUCAAAGCCAUGUGACCCGCCACUGGCAACUGCUUGGACCAAAGUGCACCAGUGAUCCAAGGGCAGUCAACCCCUCUGCCUGCUUGGACCAAAAAUUUGAUUUAAGAAAUCAGAGGAGAAUUUUCUAUUGGAAUUGAAAAAAAUCAGGAUGCUAUGAGUUUGAAUGCCGGCUAUGUCCUGGAAAGCUCUGCAAGCCCACUUACAAAUAUGAAAUAUAUAGAUGUGAGGAAGUUCCUUUUUAGAGAAACAAAGGAGUCUGGGAUGCCAAAAAGACCGCGUCUGACUGACUUUCUGGUAUCCAGCCAAAUCAGUGUAUCUUGACCCUUAUUUUCUUCAGUUUCUCAAUAAAAUGAUCACUGAUGGUCCCCAAGAAGGUCAGGAUAUUAGGAUCCCUUCUUCCCCCCAGGAGUCUCCAUGAACAGAAAAUGCUAAGCUGGGUAGGGCACUGAGUAUGAGUGGGUUAAAGAGACCUGGCUCAGUGCUUUGUGCUGAGGUCACACUGGGCAGCUGCCAUGAGCAGUGGGAACUGAGUGACUGAUGAACUGUGGUUCCUGAAGACACGGUACCCUACUCCCCCACGCCCCCAAACGCACACACAGACAUAACCAGGUGGAGGACUCUGGUGCACAGACCGCCUCUUAGGCUGGAUUCUGAUUCCGCAUUGGUGUAAGUAGCAGCUGACAAAGACUUGUCCAGUGCUGAGAUCAUUGGUAUGUGUGCUGCUUUCCAGCUGUGGAGGGCUGGACUUUCUUUCUUGUCCACUUUGAGAUGUGGUUCAGGUCUAUUUCACAAGCAGGAGCCUCUAUUUUCCUCUUUGCCUAGUCCUGACAGAGUCACUUUAGGACCCUGCUUAACGUAAAAAGGGGGAAAUUACUUUGGAUUGACUAGUAGGCUUAAAGGAUGCUCAAUGGUUGUUUGGAAAAACUUCUGAAUUAUUUAUGGGUCCUGUGAAAACUUUAAGAAGUUUUUAAAUCCAAGUUUCUUGCCUGGGGCACUACAGUCCCAGGCUGAGCUAUUUUUGCUGCCCCUGUGAGGGUGCAAUUAAAGGAGCUUAAGGUCUGAUCCCUCAAGCCAAAAGCCCAAAGGGAACUACAGCUUCCUUUACAAAA